AUGCCCGGAUCGAAAGAAGGGUCCCCUCCCUCAGCAGCACCACCACCACCUACCCACACCCCAGGCGCACGGCACCAGCGCACCGCAGCCUUCCGGCGCCCUCCUCUUCUGGACGGCGGUGCCACGCCAGGGAGCCCCAGUCUGGACACGCCCGCUGCGGCCCAGCAUCUGACGGCCUGCCGCCGCCGCUCCACCGCCUGGGCUGGGCGGCUCGCGCUGGCCCAAACAGGAAACCGGCCUGUGACCGUCUGGCGGUUGGAUGCGGUAAGAGAAGCGGCCAUCAUCCGGGCGGGACCUGCAGCGAGAUGCGCGCCCUGCGAAGCACUGCCAAGUGCCAGACUCGUCUAUGUCCGCAGCAGCGCAGCCCUGCCCGCCUCGGUCGGAGGUGGAACACGGCGGACAGGACACGAAUGCGACAUAAUCGGGCGCCCAUUCAUCGGACACUUCAUCGUCCGUCCGUCCGUCGCGCAAAGCCCGCCGUCGUUGCGGGCGUCGACUGACUGCUACCUCGGGGGGUAUCAUCGCCCAACAAUCGGGUGCCCGUCAAUACAGUCCACGUACAUUCACCUCAUUCAUGGGCACACAUGGCACACAAGCGCCCCCCCCCGGCAGUGCACGGAAAUCAAAAUAUCCAGGGAAACUCAAGUCAUGCAGGACCCCCCGCGCAGAGAGGCUUGA